AAAACAUACAUAUGAAUUUAGAUUCUAUUCAUCGGCUAAUUGAGGAAACUCAAAUCUUCCAGAUGCAGCAGUCAUCAGUUAAACCAACUUGUGACGUGAUAGCACCUGCCUCCUCCCACAGAGAUACCUGUAACUCCUGUGUGCCACUUUAUGGGCUACAAUCCCAUGCAGCUCACGACUGCUGUGCUCACUCACGCAACACCAACGAAUGGGAUAUUUGUGAAGAACUUCGCCUGCGAGAACUUGAAGAAGUCAAGGCCAGAGCUGCUCAGAUGGAGAAGACCAUGCGGUGGUGGUCAGAUUGCACUGCCAACUGGAGAGAGAAGUGGAGUAAAGUUCGCGCAGAAAGGAACAGUGCCAGGGAGGAAGGAAGACAACUCAGAAUAAAAUUAGAGAUGACAAUGAAGGAAUUGAGUGCACUGAAAAAGAAACAAAGUUUGCCACAUCAAAAGGAGGUGUUAGAGGCUAGAGUUAGCCAAGACCUGAAGCGUCCUAGUUUCAUAGAAGUGUCCUGUGCACAAAGAGACCAAUUUCAAAUGGGUUCCAAAACGUGUGAGUCUAUCAGAGAGUGUUUGUUAAGAAGAGAAUUUCCUACAAAGGAGAACACAACUAGUAAGGAAGAAGGUUUGAUUAUUGACCCAUCAAGAUUAAAUGAGGAGAUGAAACUGAAUCUAGAUUGUUCUGAUUUAUUCAAGAACGGUGGUUCUGAAAACUGUGCUGUGACACCUGGAUUAAGACUGCAAGCAAUGCAUCUGCCUUUGGAGAAUGAAGCACCUGAAAUGGCAGCUUUGCAGGUGCAUUUGGAUGAGUUCCAAAAAAUCUUAUGGAAGGAAAGAGAAAUGCGCUUAUCUUUGGAAAAAGAGAUAGGACGGCUGGAGUCAGCUUUGUCUGUGUGGAAGUGGAAAUAUGAAGAACUUAAAGAAUCGAAGACAAAAAAUAUGAAAGAGUUUAACAUUCUUCAUGGUCAACAUGAAAAUGAAAUGGAAGAAAUACCAGGAGAUAUAAAGGAAGGAUCGAAAUCUCAAAACAACAAGGAUAGAGUGAUCUAUGAGUUAAGAGCAGAGCUAGAGAGAUUGCAGGCUGAAAAUACCUCGGAGUGGGACAAGAGGGAAAUACUUGAAACAGAAAAACAAGGACUGGAGAGAGACAAUAGAAGGCUAAAGGUCCAGGUGAAAGAAAUGGAGGAGCUCCUGGAUAGGAAAAACAGAUUAAGUACACACUCUCAAGGUCCUGAUUUCAAGACAUCGCAAAUUGAACUGCAGGAAAAAAACAAGGCCCUGAACGUCUUCGUGCUUUCUCCUACCACAGGAUCUUCACAUAGACUGCUCUUUCUAGGAGAAUAA